CUUCCAUGCCUUGAAGUAUCCCCCACCUAUCAUUCCUGGAAAUGUCAGUCGAGCUGUUGUUGGCAUCUCUAUACUAGCGAAGGUUUGUUCAGAUUGGAGAGUGGGAGUGCGUGAGUCUAGAUGCUGCGAUGGAUGAAGUAGCGACAAACGAUCCUGGAGGUGGAGAGAGUGGCGGAAUACUGGUAUGUGCUGGAUGUCUCAACGCCAUUGAUGAUGAUGAGUUCAUCCAGGCUUUAAGUCAGGAGUGGCACAUUGAUUGCUUUCGAUGCUCAGCAUGUGAUGCUGCUCUAUCCUCAUGGUACUUUGAGAAGGAUGGACUCCUCUUCUGCAAGGAUGAUUACUGGGCCGCUUAUGGUGAGGCCUGUCAGGGAUGUGGUCAGGUCAUUACUGGUCCAGUUAUGUUGGCAGGCGAUCAUAAAUUUCAUCCAGAGUGCUUUGCCUGUACCUCCUGCGGCGCAUUUAUUGGCGAUGGCGAGAGUUAUGCCUUGGUCGAGCGUUCAAAAUUAUACUGUGGUGUUUGCUACAAGAGACAGAUGCAGCCACUCAAUAAGACUGCAAAUUAUCCCUUUGUUAGAAAGCCACAUAGCAUUAGACUUGUCGAAAUUCCACCGAACACGAAUGAUCCGGAGAAGCAGAGAGGAAUUAAACUUACUUUGGACACAACACCAAGUCCGCGCAGUUGCAGUAGCGCUCUGCUUCGAAUAUCCGAGUUAAUGAGAAAUGUUCGUGGAAAGAUCAGUAAGCUGGCAACCUCUGUGAUGGAGGUUCUAUUUAGGCUAUGCUGCCACUUCUCUAAUAAUAGGCUGAACAUGUCAAGCGAUCUUAUGUCACUACACAUUGGAGAUCGUAUUCUAGAAGUGAAUGGUACACCGGUGAAGGAUCAGCCAAUAGACAGUAUAGAAAAUCUUAUUAGAUAUUCAGACACAGUAUUGCAGUUAACGAUCGAACACGAUCCUGACGCAGUUUCACGAAGACCUUCGUAUCCAAGUGUUCCGUCAGCAGUGCUAACGACGACCCUGAGUCCGAAAACUAGCUCUGAGGGUAAAGAGAGGUUAUUUAAGAGAAGAGAUGAAGGAUAUAUCAGCGGAACUAGAAGUAGACAGUUAAGAAGGACUAAAGAUCCUACUCAUAAAGAACGAAGUAGUUCAAUGUCGCGAUUGCUCGAUGGAUCACCUACGUCGAAUCCCACCUGUGAUUUAAGCCGCACCAGAUCGUUCCGGGUGGAACCGAAGAACCAGAGAAUUUUUCGUGCAAGUGAUCUGGUUAAAGGAGAACUCCUGGGCAAAGGUUUCUUCGGGCAAGUUUACAAGGUCACACAUAGGGAUACAAACGAAAUAAUGGUAUUGAAAGAACUGUAUAGGGUUGAUGAAGAUGCGCAGAAGAAUUUCCUAAAGGAGGUUGCCGUUUUACGUUCUCUACACCACAACAAUGUACUUCGAUUUAUCGGGGUUCUCUACAAGGAAAAGAAAUUACAUCUAGUUACCGAGUACAUCUCAGGUGGGACUCUGCGUGCGUUACUUCACGAUACAAACGAACCUCUUCCAUGGGAGCAGCGUACCUCCUUCGCAAAAGACAUUGCCGCUGGGAUGGCAUAUUUGCAUUCCAUGAAUAUCAUCCACCGAGACUUGAACUCACAUAAUUGCCUAGUGCGGGAGGACAAGACCGUGGUGGUAGCAGAUUUUGGUUUAGCUAGGAUAAUCCAAAAUGGAAACUCUCCGGACAAACGAAAGUACAGCCGCCACUCAGAUGGUGAAGUUAGAAGCUCGAAGAAGGAGCGCAAAAAGCGAUACACAGUGGUGGGUAAUCCUUAUUGGAUGGCGCCGGAGAUGAUGAAGGGUAACAAAUAUGACGAGAAGGUAGACAUAUUUAGUUUUGGUAUAGUCGUGUGCGAAAUCAUUGGUCGCGUUCAGGCGGAUCCAGAUUAUUUACCACGAUCAUCAGACUUUGGCCUGAAUCAGAAUGUGUUCAAGGAAAAGUUCUGCGCCAAUUGUCCAGAAACUUUUUAUAUGAUAGCCUUUCUAUGCUGCGACUUGAAUCCUGAUAAAAGACCACCGUUUGAGGUCAUGGAAGUCUGGCUUGAGGGUCUGGCUAUGCACUUGUCUGUAGGAGUGCCGUUACCGUCCGAUCUAGAAUUUGAUAUUAGACAUUAUACCGGACCAAGUCCGAGCAGCAGCGAAUCUACAACUCCAGAAACCCUAGCACCGCAACUGAAACCUAUCAAAGAGGGUCAGAUACAUCAGGAAAAGAAACGAUCUUGCGGAUGCGAUGACAGCACUUUGGAACGUGAACCAAGUCCUUUAGAAAGUAAUUUCAAGACUCCGGAUCCUAUAAACAGUCUUGUACGGUACUCUAGGCAGAAUAGUAAGUCUAAUGAAAAUAGUGGCAGCUUAGGUCGUUUCUCUAGACAGAAUUCAAAGUCUAAGGAAUCACUCCUUGAAAGAGAAAAAUCCACUAUUGUUAUCUCACCAGAUUCCAGCGGUUUCAGUGGAAGAUAUCUUAGGCAAAAUAGCAAGAACAAAGACACUUCUACGGAUUCUAUAAAGAGCAACUCAUACACAAAACAAAAUAAUAAAACUACUGUACAGAAUGGUGACAAGGAAACCUACAACGAAAAAGAGAACAAUGCAUCUCCAAAAACACUGGAUAUCCUUCCUAAGCAAGUUGAGGAACUGCGAGAUACUAUGGUACUGACACCGCCCAUACAAAAAAUCAAGUACGUCGGUAGUGCUAACAGUGCUGUCAGUUCUGACACACCAUCCGAGACAUCUAGUAUUGGCAAUAAAUUCUUGUACAAAUUUAACUCACCAAAGUCUACUGAAAGAUCAAGAGAAACUUCAAGACAAAAUUCUCUGGAGAACGUUGCAAAUAAAAUAAAACUAGAAAACGUCUUUAAAAUCCCCGAUUCCAGUAGUUUGGUGGGAACAUACUUAAGGCAAAUCGGCAAAACAAAGACCUCACCGGAACAGGAAAACAAGUCGAUCAGCAGACAUAACAGUUCAAAUUCAACAGGUAAACCUUCGUCGGAAGUUACAAAAUCACCAGGUGGGUCAUAUUUGAGAAGAACAAAAAUAUCUCCUACGAAGGAGCAACCGAAAAAUGCAUUCUCCAAACAAGACAGCAACAGCUCUGAAAAAUCAUCGCCUGAUAUGCAGUCUAAUAUGUUCACAUCAAACGUAACCUCCCACGGUGACGACAGUCAUGAAAAUAAACUAUCAAAGUUCCCCAGACAGUGUAGUACUGCUUCCAGUAUAGGAAGUAUUUUGUCGCGUCACGGUAGUUUAGCCGUACAGAGCAGCUUGUCUAAUCAGGAUAAAUCUAAGAUAUCGAAUGACCUUGAAAAUAAUAUAACUGGAAAGAAAGAUGAACUCUCUAGACAGGACAGCUUUGGCUCAGACGCAAGUACUUUAAAAAAAACUGAUUUGUAUCGAACAGACAGUUUUUGCUCCAAUGACAGUACAUUGAAAAAGGACGAUUUUUCAAGGUUCAAAACAAUCGAGAGCGAGGAUAUUUGCGAGAAUAAAUGCACAUGCGAGGAACCUGAGUGUUGCAAGUGCAGUCUUGAAAGAAGUGAAAGUAUAACCCACCGCGAUACCGUUGAGUCUUUAGGUGAUAGUAUGAGAAAAUCCACCGAUAAAAAAUUUUUCAGCGACAGUGGUAAUAAACUCUCUUCAGCGGCAAUGCCUGAUUAUACAGGGUGUUAUAAAAGUCUCGAAUUACGUAGGCAAGAUAGCUUCGGCACGGAUAGUGCUGUAGGUACAAUGAAGAGCGAUUUCUUCGCUGAUCUCGAUCUCGUUAAGCUAAGAGGCGGCGGUGCUACACCGGAAUUGUGCUGCACUCCUGAAAGAUGCUGUACACCAGCUGAUAGGCCGGCAUCACCGAUUGAAAGCACCGCUUUGUAACGAAACUCCCACGCAGAUCUAUACAGUAUAGAAAUGGUGAACGCGACCGAAAAUAGAUGUCGACCGUAGUUCCAGUCAAGUGGUGCGACCAAUUUACUAUGUUCUGUUGCGACCACGAAUACGAACAAAGUUACGGAAUUUUAAGGUCACACACAUAAAGUCCACGCAUAAUUUUUACAUUCUCCUAACUCCACAUACGAACACCGUGUUUCCUGCAUUUCGACUUUAUAGAAAAAUGAAUCAAACGUCGUCGAAUAUCUGUGAAAAUUCGUACUGGAUUACCCUAUGUUAGUGCAGAAGUCUCUGAAUGAUUUCUUUCUUUUUUUAUAUAUUCAUAAGCUUUUAUGGUAUAUAUCCAAAAGACGUUACGUACAAUUAUUAAUGGAUAAUCGAUACAUUCCUAGGAAAUCUUGCCGCAGUUGUAUUAUCGUAUUAAAGGGAAACGUCAUGUUCCCUCUGUAAACAUUCCAUCCGAUACGUCAAAAUAGAUGUUCGUACGUGUUUCAUGAGCGUUAGACUUUUCCUUCGUAACUGGAUCUGUACUGGAAAUACGUAAUUUGUAAUCUCUGUAUAAGCAAUGCGAUACGAAAAAGACUCGAGAUCAAGUCUGAAAGACGUAGAAGUUUAUAUAAAACAAAAUGAAUCUAUUAAGCUUGUAAAGAAAAAAGAAGGGACAAGUUCUGUUGGAGGAAUUUUACAUUUUAUUUUAAUUUUAAAGAUUGCUUGGUUUCCUGUUUCUCCAAGGUCAACAUUUUUAUUGCCACUUUGAUAUUCCUUCAGAUUAGUUUGAAAAAGAGUCUCGCGCUCGAACUGUUCCAUAUUUAUGUAAAUCAUGCUGUAAUAUAAGACACUUAUAUAAAUUAUGGUGCCCUCAUUACGCGGAAUGUUCUUGUAAUGGCUAUUUUCAUUCUCAAGAUCAUCGAGAUUGACGAUGGCCACCAUUUUAUAUAUCUCUAAGAUGCUAUGCAUCCAUUUUGAUGAUUCAUAGAUACAAAAGUAAAUACAGAAACAAGAACGACCCGUUUUUAGGCACUCUAAUUUGUACAUAGUACUGUACAUAUAUUAAGAUUUAUGUGAGGUCAUUGUAAAAAAACACUAAUUCGAUAAUAAUUGUACUAACAGCAUUUCAACUUGGCAGACUUGCAAGGCGCGUUCCAAAAAAAUUGUCUGCUCUCGUUAUCACGCAUAUAACUUUACACUUCUACCAGCACAGUGCCUAUAAUUUUUCUUCCAUCAAGUUGCGAAUCGUGAAAUGCUAAGAAUGAUCUUUAUUAAUUCUUUAUUGCACUAAAAGACACAAAUUUUCAGGACAAGGAUCGGUAGCGGUCUAUCGACUGAUAUUUUUCAUAUGCUUGAAGCAUUAUCUUUUUUUUCUAAUGAAUUACCAUUCCUGUGUAGAAAUGGAUAUCUGAACAAAAAAAUUCCAUAAGAUUACCGGGAGUGCUUUUUCUCCCUUUCACGUUUAUUAAUUAACCUUCUAUGUACUACCGCGGUCAGUGGACUCUCUUCGUUACCUUAAUUUACAAUCAAAAUGUACUUAAUCAUUAAUUUAUCGUAUGCAAUUGAGUAGCAGUGUGACUGGUUGCAAGAGAGUGUUUAUUUGGCGGCAUUUUUAAAAGUUCAUUAACGGUGCUCAGAUUAUUGAAUAUUUGUCAGAUAUAAAACUACAAAUGAAUUUAUUUAAUAUAUUUCUCGCGUGUGAAUAUAACGUGGCACCGUCUCACGAAUGACUUUCGAAAAUGCCUGCCCAGAGAAUUGCAUAAACGUUAAUUGUCUGUGAUAGAAAAUGUUUUUUGAGAAGUAUAAAAGAGCAAGGAGAUAAUAAUAAUAUUAAUACAAAUAAUAAUAAUGUCUCAUAGCAACGUAAAUAAUAAGAGAAAAGAGAAAAUGGCGUGUAAACGUUUGUAACUAAUUGAUAACGUUUAAGUUAAACAGUAUAACGCAUAGAAUACUCAUACGGUAUACAAUAAUGUAGAUUAAACAAUCUGUUCGUCGCAUGAACGAAGAAAAAUCUCUAAUUUCUAAUUCUUUUUGGUGCAAAAAAUAUAUAUAUACAUAUAUGCAUUUAACACUAUACAUAAACGCGCGUAUAUACCCAAAAUAUGUAUUACCCCGAAUGAAAAAUCGACGUACCAUAUUAUGAUAUACAUAUAUUUCAUAGAAGAACGACGAAAAAAACUGGCUAAUCAAAUACUUCGAAUCGAACCACGAUUUUUUAUAACGAUUUCUAUUAGAUCUCCGCCAAGCUCAUUUGUAUGGUUAUAGAUAUUAUCAUCACUCUCUGUUAUCACUGUGCCAAUUUUUCGAUAUUAUCAUUCAAACACAAACAGAUAUAUGUAUAUUUGCCUCACAAGGUAACCCCCCCAACCCGACCCCACCGACUUCAAUAACUUUUUGAUAUG